AUGUCGCAAGCACAGGAAGACUGCAAGCACCCCGUGCAGCUGUUCGGCAUGUGUGCGGUCUGCGGUGCACCCGUCGACGCCGAUUCAGAAAAAUCCGCCUCGCUCUCGGUCAUGCACUCCAGCGCCGCUGUCAAAGUAUCCGCCGAGGAAGCGCAGCGUCUCGAUUCGGAAACCACCAACCAUCUGCUCUCGCAGCGCAAGCUCGCCCUCAUUGUUGAUCUCGACCAGACGGUCAUCCACGCGACCGUCGACCCCACCGUCGGCGAGUGGAUGCGGGACGAGUCCAAUCCGAAUUACGAAGCGCUCAAGUCCGUCGGCAAGUUCCGUCUGGGCAUAGAUGGGGAAGAGAUCAAGGACGAGGACUCUUCCGCCCCCCAAGACGCCGCUGCAGCACUCCGCGCCUCGCGUGCCUGCUGGUACUACGUCAAACCGCGCCCUGGUGUUCCCGAGAUCCUCCACAAGCUAUCGACCAAGUACGAGCUGCACGUCUACACCAUGGGCACCCGCAGCUACGCCAACUGCGUCUGCAAGCUCAUCGACCCCGACGCGUCGAUCUUUGGCAACCGCAUCCUGUCGAGGGACGAAAACGGCAGCUUAGUGCGAAAGAGUCUGAGCAGGCUGUUUCCGGUGGAUCACAGCAUGGUGGUGAUCAUCGAUGAUCGGGAGGAUGUAUGGAGUAGGAGUCCGAACCUGCUGCCGGUGCUGCCGUACGAAUUCUUUGUGGGUAUUGGGGAUAUCAAUGCGACGUUCUUGCCGACGUUGCCAGCGGUGCCGGGACCGACGGCGGAUGCGGUCGCCAGUACUUCAGCGGUCAAGCUCGACACGCCAAGCCUCGCCUCGACGCCUGGAUCGGAAAGCGGGAGCAACGGCAGCACACCACCGAGCUCGCCGGACGUGGUCGAAGAAGCCGUGCAGAAGGCCGAAAGUGAGGGCCGCACGGAGGAGGAGCUGGCAGCGAUCCGCGAAGCAGCCAAGCACCUCGCAGCCCAGUCCGAGCAGCUGCAGACCAAGCUGGCCGAGCAGCGCGAGGCGAGACCGUUGGCCAAGAUGCAGGAGGCGCUGGAUGUCAAGUUGGGUAAGCACAGUAAUGGUGCGUCGCGGUCGGGCACUGCCACGCCCAAUGGCAACGGCGACAGCCCCACCACACCAACUGUAGUGGAAGAGGACGGCACCACGGCGGAGAUUGGCAGCACAACACCAACAACAGAGGUACCAGUGCAAGCCGAAAGCUCGGCAUCAACAAGCACCCUCCCCACACUUCCACCGCCACCACCACCACCGCCACCCCGAUCGCACGCCGUCCUCGUCGACGAUGAUACCGAGCUCGAUCGUGUCUUUUCCAUCCUCGACUCUCUCCACACCGAAUGGUACGCUGCGUACGACGCCCGCUCACCCUCAUCACCUACAAAACCCUCGGUCGUCUCCCUCAUCAACGAGCGCAAAUCCCGCAUCCUCGCCGGGUGCACCAUCGUCUUCUCGUCCCUGAUCCCCUUCGGCGCGGACCCAUCCAAGUCGGACCUGUGGGCGAUAGCGCGAGAGUUCGGUGCGACGCCAGAGGCGGAAAUCGAGCCGGGUCGAACCACACACGUGGUCGCCGCUCAGCCAGGGACGAAGAAGGUGCACCAGGCGAUGCGACUACGGGAACGCGGGUUGGAAGUUGUCUGGCCGAGCUGGUUUCACGUUUCGACCAGCCGGUGGGCGAGACAGGACGAGAGGCUGUAUCGGAUCAGUUCGGGGGAGAACGUUGCGGCUGCUGCGACGGUCGAGGCCAAGAUUGGGGUUGCUGAGAGCGACGCACCGCCCAAACUGGACCGUGGAGAGACAGAGAAGGUGGACGAGGCGGAGAAAGGGGAGACGUUUGAAAGCGAGCUCAACGAGAUGGACUGGAGCGCGGCAGCUGACGAAGUGGAUGCGUACCUCGACAGUGCUACCACCGCAAGCAAUACGUCCUCACCGUCGCCCUCAAUGCUCGCCGAUGCCGACCUGGGCGAGGUCGACGAGGCUGAUGUGUUGGAAGGGGGCACCCGCAAACGACCCCGCGAGGACGACGUACACGAAGCAGACUUCGCCGAGACCGAUGGCAAGAAACACCGAGGAGACGAGGACGAAGAGGACGACGACGACGAGGGCUUCCUAGACGAUUUGGCCGAGGAACUCGAUGGUCAGCUGGACAACGAAUAG